CCUUUGAGAUUAUUGCUCCUCCAUAUUUAUAUUUAUAAAGCACAACUUCAAAAUGCAUGCACACUUUAGAGCCGUAGACAACGCAGUCGAUAAAGUUCGGAAAGUGAACGAAUAUGUGUACAAUGGCCUGGGUGUAACUUUAGACGUAGCGCUGGAUUUGGAAGAAGUUAGUAAAGACAACGAGCUGGUAAAAGAGUUAGAAGAUACGAUGCUACAGUAUGUUAACAUGGAGAGAGAGAUGGAACAGUGCAUGAAAGCUGUCGAGUUAGCGAAGGACGAGUUUAAUCGAAAGUAUGAUGUAAAUCGUGCUGAUACUCCAAACAUUGAAGAUAUCUUCAAAGAAAAGUUGAGUUCUCUUGAAAAGAACAACAAAGAUUCCGACCUCGAUACUCACCCCAAGGUGAAAGAAUUCAGGGAAAAAGUUUGGAACAUUCACCACCAGGGGGAACCCAUGCCCCAGACAAACACACAGCCAGGAUCGCAGGAUGAAGAUAUUAUAAUGUCACAGGCACCUGCAGAACAAACAAAGUGUCCACUGACAUUGAAAGAUAUGGUCAAACCUAUGAAAAGUAAAAUAUGUGGACACAACUAUGAACAAGAGGCAAUUAUGCAGCAUAUUAGCAGAGGGAGAGGAAGGGCUAAGUGUCCAGUCUGUGGACAACUCCUCACUAAAGCUGAUCUGGAACACAAUGCUGUACUGCAGCAUUCCAUUAAGCGAAAAAAUAGGAGGAAGUAAAUGUGAAUUAUUGUUCUCAGGAAUUUAUCUUAUUGGAAAAGUGCAUGUUGUAUUGUCAGAAACUGUAAAGACAGUUGUUGUUGUUAAGAGAAAUGUUUGAUAUAUCAAUAAUUUUGUAAAUGUAAUGUUCAUUACAAUAUGAUGUAAAGUAGUUUUAAGAUGUUUACUAGUAUAUUUCCCUAUGAUUGUUUGAGAAUGGCAGAAACAAGACAAAACUGAAUUGUA